CAAAGGUAUUCUCCAAAACAAUUCCAAUUUUAGAAAAAAAAAUCCAUGUGUUUGUACAUGUACAUUUCAUCUGUCAAAAUCGCUUUACGUUUUAAGCAAUGAGUUACUUUGCAAAAAUAGUUAAACAGUAAACCUGGAACAAAGAUAAUACUUAUUUAAAUUAUUGAAUUGGAAUUAGUUUUGAAAUAUGGUGCUUGUUUCUUACUUGAUGCGAAUGUUAAGUGGACUCCAGAGGUCACCAAAUGAGUUUAUCCCAGUUCAUAAACAUCUGAGAAGCUGCCAGCAGAGAUUGACAAUAUGGGACCUGCCAGAAGAAAUCCUGAUACAUCUCCUCAAAAGCCUACAUGUAAAAGAUCUUCUCAGCAUGAGACAGGUUCAUCCAUACUUUCGAGACUUGAUUGACAACAGUCAGUCAAUUUGGGCAUGUGUCACAUUUCAGGAAUCCUGGCCAUCUUCUGUUAAUCUUCAACACUUUGACAAAGCUGCUGAAGUAGGAAAUAUUGAAGCCCUGGUUAAACUUGCCAUAGCCUACCUCUAUAAUGAAGGAUUACAAGGCGAUAAUGAUGGGAAAAAAGUGUCAAGGAAUGGAACUAAAGCAGCAGAAAUGUUCUGCCGAGUAGAAUCAUUAACCCCUAACACAGACCCCUUUACCUGGCUCUUUAUACGACCACCAUGGUCCCUAAAUGGGGCAUGUUGUAAGGAGUGUGUGUUCAACUACAUGAAGGAAUAUUUGAAAAAGGAUGAAAGUAGAAAGAUGGAGGUGUGUGUAGCGAAGACUUUACAGUUGUUAGAUAAAGACAAGAAUAAUGAUGAAAUUGUAUCCUACCUCGAACAGGCAGCAAGUCAAGGCUCUGGGAUUGCUGCCUACAUGUUGUGGUCACACACAAAAUGUAAUUUUUCGGUGUUAGAUAAAGCUGGGGAACUAGAAUGUAUACGUAAACUACGUGAUAUAUGCAGCCUAGGACAUAUUGAUGCUAAACUAGAGCUAUGUAAAUACUACGCUGUUUCCAAAUAUGGCGGUAUAUGCAAAUCCAAAGCCAUGUCUUUCAUUCGAGAUUUCGUGCAUUCCGUCCCUGCCCUCAAUACUCAGGAGAGCUUCCAGCGAUCUCAGGAACUUACUGCCUCAAUGAGAUAUAUUCUAGUAGACUGGUUAGCUGAGGUAGCUGCCAUGAAGUUGUUUUCGACACACACAUUCCACGUGGCUGUUGGGGUUGUGGAUCGGUUUCUUCAAGUAAACUCUGUACCCAGGUCCAAGCUUCAGUUGCUCGGUGUUUCAGCUAUGGUUCUAUGCUCAAGGUUACUUGGUUCUGACAUUAUCACAAUACGAGAAGCUGCCUGGCUAACUGACAACACAUACAAAUAUGAAGAUGUCGUAAGAAUGAUGGGAGAAAUCACGGCAACAUUGCGUGGAAAUCUGCGUACUGCAACAAGCGUUGACUUUGCUGAAAUCUUCAACACUAUAUUGAGUCAUGAUCGUCGUCUAUGUUACCUGUCUCAGUAUAUCUGUGAACUUGCAUUGCUACAGGCGGAGAUGGGACAGUACAGUCCUGCAGAAACAGCUGCUAGUGCUGUUCUCCUGUCCAGACUCCUUACAAAGAUGGAUGAUGCAUGGCCUAGUACAAUGCAAGAAGCAACAGGGUUCUGUAUAGAAGACUUGAACAGAUGUGCCUUCCAUAUGCACGAGAAAUGUUUCCUGGAGGGUUCUGUAGUGGAUCACCGAGAUGUUACGCUGCAAGCAGUAAAGCAGAGGUACGCUGAUGAUGACUGUUGCCGAGUCAGUGAAAUUGAAAUAAUUAGUUACAAAGAUUUGUGCAAGAGUUUGGGAGUCACUCAUCAUAUUGUGCAUGGGAUGGACAUCCACGUGCGUUUCAGAAACGACGAUGAGCUGAUAGUGUCACCUCAGAAGAAGAGGCGGCGAACUGGUCUGAGGAGUGAAUCCAACAAGACAACAAGUACUCCCAAAACUCCUAGAACCAGGCUCCAUAGACCAGUCAUUGACUCCCCAAUGUUAAACGACUCUCCAAGAUUGAAUGAAUCGGUGCUGUCAGGGUAUGAUGGUGACAGAGAAGAUGAUCUUGAUGAUUCUAUCAUCAUUGAUGAGAGCAUCGAGGAUCUCAAGCGUGAAGUUUUGUCAGAUGAAGGAAUGCUGGGAAAUGAAGGGGACCAUAUUUCUGUUUUCUCUAGUGACAAUACCAGAUCUCCACAGAAGUCGACAUUUAAUUUCUCCGCACCAUCACCCUUUAAACAAUGUCUUUCAUUUUCAAGCUCAAAGUUUGACUGUGAUUAUUCAUCUCAAAUAUCAUCAUCACAGAGCUCUCAUGAUAGCGACGGUCCAUCCACCUCGAUGGGAUUGUGUUCUAGUUCUGACAAUAGUGCAUUUUCUACAUCAUUCAUUAAUUUGCGAUCCACUUCCAUGACAUUACGAUCGGCAACCGUUACCUCUGGUGCAUGUGGCUCUCUUUCCAGUGAUUCAGAGUGUGACAUUAGUGGACUGUCUGGAAUUAAGCGAUUAAAGAGUUCACGAUCACCUAGGCAUAUGACCUUGAGAAAUACCCCAAAAAGACGAAGUCGUAGGAUCAGUGGUGGCAGCAGAACAUUCAUCUUCAAAUAAAGUUACAACAUGUAAUAUUGCUACGUGUGCAUAAUACAAGCAUUUCUAGUUCAUACAGCAUAUAUGUUGUACUGACCAAAGUUUUGGCAUUUCUUGAUAUUCUAGUGAUCCCGGAGAGCUUUCACAGAAGAUUUUGUGAUGCAAUGUUCAAAACUAACUUGUGAUAUCCUUGUCGAUACAUGUGUACUGACAGGUGUAUGAAUGAUAAUUGGAGUAAAACAGCCUGAUAGGCAGCUACUAUGUAAUAUACAAAUUGCUUGUGUAACCCUUUAAUCCAAGUGCAUUUGUGCUUGUAAUGUUCUAGUACAGUGUUUCGAUGCAGAGCUAAAGCUUUAUUAAUAUGACUUGACUUGUGUAUACUUUUAAUUCAAAACUUCUGACAACCCCUGGAUAUUUUUGGCAAUCUCUUUCUUGAAAAAUAUCAAAUCAAAUUUAAAUUUGAUUCCAGGAUAUGAUUGGAUAAAAAGGUUAUUUAGUAUUAAUUUUGUCAUAAUUUUUCUGCCGUACAACAAAUUUGCUCAAAGCAUCAUUUCUAAAUUCUAGAUAUUUAUGUGUUAUUUGUGACUUAUCGAAAUUUGGUAGAUAAAAUGGUACUAUAGUAACUACACUAUUAAAGUUAUUUACAACAUAUUUUUCUAAAUUUGUAAAUUUCAAAAUUACACCAUUUUGUAAUAUGACAGAUCAAAGAUAUCGAAGGGGCAUUUGAAGUUUAGUUGAACUCAUACAUUUUGAAAGAAAUUUGAAAAAAAAAGAAGCUUUUUAGAGACAUUGUUGUGACACAUGUAUAACUACUAUUUAUUACAAGAACUUGUGUAAGAUAUAAUUAAGUUAUCCAAUGAAGUGCUAUAAUUUAAUUAGAUUACACUUUAUAUGCCAGGCAUUUGAAGUGAAUGUGAUUUUCUAAUCAGAUUUUUUUUUUUUAAUUUUGUAAAUUUUGUAAAUCUUAUAUAUUUGAUGAUUGUUUUAUUUGUACCCAUAAGAUUGGUUUUUGAAUACAGUUUUUUUUUUAUAAUAAACUGUCUUUUUGUAAAAAAAAAUUAACAUUCAUCAUAAUACUAUUAAUAAAACUAAAUUGAUAUUCAAUUUGCCCAUGUAUUUUAUGUACAAUGAUGAUAAAUUAUUUGGGAAAUGCAGCACACCAUGUGCUUUAAACAGUAAUGUUUUAGUCUAUACCUAGAAUCAUGUUUGGUGCACAGUAUUUAUGUAGGUUAGAUUUUAUAUUGAAUAAACCAUUCACUGCAUUGAGAAAGGAAAAUCAAUAUGGAGAAGUCACUGGUGUCAGAGGCUUUUAUUUAUCAGUGUCUUGGAUAAUUUUUACAUUCAGCCAGUUUUUGAUAGAAUAAUCUACUGGAACUUUGUAUGAAUGUUCCAAGAUAAAGCUUAUUUGAGACAAGUUUUCUUUUUGCAAAGCAAAUUUGAAAUUUAGAAACAACAUUUUUAUCAGUAUGACACACUGACCACAUACUAUGUGGGCUUUCCAUAGUUUUCUCUGUUGGUAGUAGCUUUAUUUAAAUUCAAAACCAAGCUUCUGUUUUAAAGAAGUAUGGGUUACCUGUAUCUACAGUAGGUGCAUGGCAAGUCAUUUUGUGCUAUCAAACUUACAACUUCAGCUUCUACUACUAACCACUAAUAAUGCACCAGUUGUGCUUUUUGUAUAAUCACAAUAUUGGGAAAAACACUAGUCAGUUUUUAGAUAAUUGAGUUUUAUUUUUACUUCUAAUCAUUACACAGUAUUGUUAAUAUGUUUAUUAGAUUAUAUAUGAAGCUUUUCACUGCCUAAAUCACAACAUGUGUGUUGUUGAUAUUUGUUGUCUGUUUUGUUAGAUUUUCAUCAGUUACUUUUAUAAAUAGAGAAAUUACAGCCAUUAACCCUUAGACUGCUAAAUUUCUAUAAUAGACUGGUCCAUCAUUCAGUUUGGGCAAUACCAUUUAAUAUUCAAAGUCGAGUUCACUGAAAAUUUACUGAUUGAAUAGCAAACAGUGCAAACCAUGAUCAGCCUGAUCUUGGUCUUCACUGGUCGCAAAGGCAUAAUCACUUGCCGCCAGCAGGCAGGUUAACAAGAAGUCUAGCUCUUUGAACAGUCAUUCAAUUUUCUUAAAUAAGACUUCAUUGUAAAAAAAGUAUUUGGUAACAAAAUUUAGCAUACAGUAUACUCCUGCAGAAUAACCAAGGAGUUAUUAUUGCAUUUUUGAUCCUUGCUUGUGUAUUUAAUAUCAGCAGACUUUGGUGCUGUUUAAGUUAAAAAUUGUAUGAAAGGUUAUUUAUUGUAUGUUAAAGUAGAGUAGUGUUGUUAAUGUGUGUCUUUGUGUGUUAAAGUAUAACACAGAAAUGUGUAAAUAUGUUGUUGCCAUAUAUAUGUACAUGUAUCUAAUACUCGUGUACCUCCUACCUGUACAUACAGUAAGCUUCAGUACCAUGUUACCUUGUCAAUGGCUCGUCUGUCUUAACAAAAGGCGAGUCAGUUUCAAUUUUUAAGCAUAUUUUGUCCAAAGAAUGCAGAAAGGGAGGCUUACAAUGUAUGUUUUCUGUCUGUCCUGUCCAUCUUUCUAUCUUCUCACUGUUAGGCCAGUAUAAUACAAUCUGAGGUUUUCAUCUCUGCAUAUAUCAUACUACACUUCACGGUCAGUUACAUUUCAAUAAUUGCAGCAUUUUAGAUAUUGGAUUUCCAUAAAUUCUGUGAAAAUAUAUAUUCCUUAUAAGAGAUGAAACUCAGGUUUGGUUUGUUUUGGUCUAUGUUAUAGAUUUGAUUACUGUUAAUGAGAUAUGCACAUUAUGUCUAUGAUUAUUAUAUAUAUAUAUAUAUAUUACUGGAUAUAUUUUUGUAUCAAAUAAAUGAAAUGAAAUUUCAACUUCA